GGAAGGCUGCGCAGGGCGCACGCGCGGUGCGGCCGGUGGGGCUGCCGGGAGAGCGCGGCGGGACAAUUGAGCGCAGAGGCGGGACCGGCGGCGGGAGCGCAGAGCCUUACAGCUGAAUAUGAGGCGAUCUGCAGCUCCAAGUCAAGUCCUAGGAAAUGCUGGCAAAAAGCCAAGGUUUAUACCACCAGGAAAAUGUACUGCUGUUUGUCUCAAGAAUGAAACUAAGGAGAUGGACGAAGAAAUUAAGUCAAAGGAGAUAGAUGAGAAAGAGGGAGGUGCUUCAUUGCUAUCUAAAAUAAAUAUCCAGAAUCAAAAUGAAAAUUGUACACAGUCUGUAGAGUCAACUGGAAAAAUAAAGACAAAAGCAUGUUUAAGCAUUGACAAGUGUAGCAAGGCAGAAGAGAAAACACUAAAUGUGCCCAAAGCUGAUGCACUGUAUUUGCCAACAUCAGGGACUGCAAAGGAAGAAGCAGCUCAGGAAGCACCUGACUGCCUUGUGAAAUAUUUCAGUGUCGUGUGGUGUAAGGCAUCAAAGAAAAAGCACAAGAAGUGGGAAGGCGAUGCUAUUCUUAUUACAAAAGGAAAGUCAGUAAUAUUGAAAGAUAUGGAAGGCAAAGACAUUGGCAGAGGUACUGGAUAUAAAGCUAAAGAGCUAGACAGCCUUAAUGAAGGUCAAACACUGAUGGUUGGUGGAAAAGAAAUUGAAGUGAUGGGUGUAAUUUCAGCAGAUGAUUUCAGCAGUGGCAGGUGUUUUCAGGCUGGAAUAGGGACUCAUGACACAGUUGCAACUGCAUUAUCUCAAACUAAUACAAAACCAUUCUCUAAGCCAUUCAAAAAUGUCUGUCAACCCAGUACUAAUGAGAAUAUGCUCAGGGAUUCUCAGAGCUGCAAACCUCGCCAUGAUCCAAAUGCUACAAAUUCUCUGGUUAUGCCACGACCAAAUGCAAGUCAUCAGUGGAUGUUCAAUAAGGCUGGUUUACCUGUGGUGGAUGUAGUGGUAGAUCCUUACAUUGCAAGUAAUCUACGCCCACAUCAGAAAGAAGGAAUUAUAUUCCUAUAUGAAUGUGUAAUGGGAAUGAGAGUGAGUGGCAGAUCUGGAGCUAUUCUGGCUGAUGAGAUGGGCUUAGGAAAAACCCUGCAGUGCAUUGCCCUUGUCUGGACUCUGCUGCGCCAGGGGCCCUAUGGAUGCAGACCUGUACUAAAGCGAGCACUGGUGGUCACCCCUGGGAGUCUGGUGAAAAACUGGAAAAAAGAAUUUCAGAAAUGGUUGGGAAGUGAAAGGAUCAAAGUCUUUACAGUUGAUCAGGACCACAAAGUAGAAGAAUUCCUUGGUUCUCCACUUUAUUCUGUUAUGAUAAUCAGUUACGAGAUGCUGUUGCGAUCUUCGGAUCAAAUUCAGGCUGCAGAAUUUAACCUCCUAAUCUGUGAUGAAGGACAUCGGCUGAAAAAUAGCACUAUUAAGACAACUGCAGCCCUUACUAGUCUGUCUUGUGAGAGGAGAAUUAUCCUUACUGGUACUCCGAUCCAAAAUGACUUGCAAGAAUUUUAUGCAUUAAUAGAGUUUGUGAAUCCAGGAAUACUCAGUUCUUUAUCCACGUAUAGAAAGAUAUAUGAGGAACCAAUUGUCAGAUCUAGAGAACCUUCAGCAACAGAGGAGGAAAAGGAAUUAGGAGAAAAAAGAGCAGCAGAACUCACACGCCUCACUGGACUCUUUAUUCUAAGAAGAACACAGGAAGUUAUAAAUAAAUUCCUGCCCCCCAAAAAGGAGAGCAUAAUCUUCUGCCGACCAACAGCGCUGCAACUUGAACUGUAUCGAAAACUGCUUAGUUCUCGUGUUAUUACAUCGUGUCUGCAAGGCAGGCUGGAAAAUAGUCCCCACCUAAUAUGUAUAGGAGCUCUGAAAAAGCUUUGCAAUCAUCCAUGUCUUCUGUUUAAAGCUAUAAAGGAAAAAAGCUGUGAUCCUGUGUCUGAGGAAUAUGAUGAAUCCAGCCUCUAUGAAGGUGUAAUAGAUGUCUUCCCACAAGAUUAUACUUCAGACACUUUCUGUGAAACUGAUUCAGGAAAAUUGCAGGUGCUGGUGAAGUUGUUGGCAGCAAUCCAUGAGCUCAACUCUUCUGAAAGAGUUGUGUUGGUAUCCAAUUACACUCAGACAUUAAAUGUAUUACAAGAUGUAUGCAAACAUUAUGGAUACUCCUAUACUAGACUUGAUGGCCAUACUCCUGUCUCCCAGAGACAACACAUUGUGGAUACUUUCAAUAGCAAAUUCAGCCCAGCUUUCAUCUUUUUGCUGAGUUCAAAGGCUGGUGGAGUGGGACUGAACCUGGUUGGAGCAUCUCAUUUGAUCCUGUAUGAUAUUGACUGGAACCCAGCUACAGAUAUUCAGGCAAUGGCUAGAGUGUGGAGAGAUGGUCAGAAACAUUCUGUCCAUAUCUACAGGCUGCUAACCACAGGUUCAAUAGAAGAAAAAAUUUAUCAAAGACAGAUCAGCAAACAAGACCUUUCCGGGGCAGUUGUAGACCUGUCCAAGACAUCUGAGCACACACAUUUUUCUAUUGAGGAGCUUAAAAAUCUCUUCACUCUACAUGAAGAUUCCAGCUGUGUUACUCAUGACUUGCUUGAGUGUGACUGUAUGGGAAAGGUUGACCAUCAAAAUACUUCCUCAGAAAAGCCUCCCAUAUCUAGAAGCUGCCAGCUUGAACAAAACCAUGGGAAGCCUAAAUCAAAGAAGCCACUUUCCAUGUCACAGCUGAUGCAAUGGAAGCAUUUCUCUGGGCAACAUCAGACUCUUGCUGAUCCUUUCCUUGAAAGGAUAAAAGAAAAUGUUUCUUUCAUUUUCCAGAAUGUAACCAAUCCUACUUCCCCACCUAAUAAAACUUGAGUGUCUUUUUCUGCAUCCUCCUUGUCAACUGAUGUGCAGUUACCCAUUGUUCUUUUUGCCCAGUUCUGUUUUGUGUGUUUCCCAUGAGGUUUCUGGGUAAAUGUGACUCCUGGUGUUUAUACAAAGUUACAGUUAUUACUAAGUUAAUCAUACCUGCUGUAAUUAUAAUACAGAUUUUUAAAACAAACUUUGUUUUCCAGUAUUUUGUUCCUUUGAUAUCAUAUAUGCACAUUAAUUUUUAUGGACAUUACUACUCUAAGUCUACUUUGAUUUAUAGUUUUCAUUUGAUCAUAAUAAUUUAUUGCUUGUAAAGCUGGCAACUCAUCAGCCAAAUUUUAUAAAUUAGACAAUGCUAUAUACAUGUAUAUACCAAGACUCUGGUUGGAUUUUGUUGUAACAAUAUUAUGUGCCUGUAUAAAUGCAGCUUUAUAACAAGGUAGAUGUUUUUUUUCUGUUGAAUUUACAAUUUAAUGAAAUUCAGAGCAAUAGUCACUAAUGUCCAAAAUUCUGAGGGCACGGCUUCAUACCGUUUCACAAUAUUCUAAAAUUCUCCUAUUGCUUUUACUUGGGAAAAUAAACUUUAUUUCUCAGACAUACCUAA